GUGGGCAUUCCUCGUGUUCUUGAUCCAAUGCUUGGUUGCUGCCAAGCACGAUUCCAUCGGCGACGCCUGUUGGAAUUAUACUGAUGAGAACUGCGAGGCAGACAUUUCCAACGUGUUGCAGGUGCAGGCCAGUCAGCGUGAGGUUCUGGAUGACGAUUGGUGGCACAGACGGAGAUCCUCUUCUAGGCGGUCGAGGAGAUCGCGCAGAUCCCGGAGAUCGCGCAGAUCUCGGAGAUCUCGGCGAGUAUCCUUCCACCGCAGGAGAGGUUCCCCUUCGCCCACACCACCACCAAGUCCUGUGCCACCACCACCACCGCCCCCCCCGCCGCCACCACCCCCGCCGCCGCCACCUCCACCACCUCCACCGACACCACCAGCCCCAUCACCUCCUCCCUCCACACCACCGCCAACAACAACAACAACAACACCAACCCCACCGUCACCGGCACCAACGCCAGCACCUCCACCUCCUCCGACCACACAUCCGCCUGAUGGUGGCGACAAUCAUUGCCGACCGAUCGACACAACAGGGAGGCCCACCGGCCUCCAAAAAAGAUUGAGAAAGGAUAUCAAGCAAAUGACGGACGAAGAGUUCAACAAGUUUGCGGAAGCGUUGAACCUGUUCAAAAACAAUUGGUCGUUAUGUGAUGAUCCAUCCGAUUGUCUGGCCGAUUUCCCUUACACAUACGACUCCCUUCUUGCUUUCCAUCCGUAUUGUCAUCGGGAUCCUCAAGAGUUUUUGGUCAUGCACAGACGAUUGCUUUUCGAAGUUGAAACUCGACUUCAAGUGCUAUCUGGCGACUGUAACGUGACGUUUCCAUACUGGAACUCCAACCGAGAUGCGGGAGACCUCUGGGGUGUCUCGGAGGUUUGGUCUGACACCCGAUAUGGCCGUCCUGAAGGUGGACGAGGUCCUGGCGACGAUGAUUCAUGGUGCUCGACAAGAGACGAACGCCACAACUGUGUCAGGACAGGAGUUGCCCGUGACUGGACAGAGCGUCCAUUUGCACACAGACGCAGCUGUUCGUAUUGUGUCAGCCGAGCUCCGCGGGAAGAUUUUCAUCUCACAGCCUUUCCGGUGCUGAUAGCAGGCCUUUAUCGGAGGACGAGGUUUGAACACUUCCAGUCCUGGAUUGAAGCUGUUCACGCGCAGCUCCAUAUCGCCAUAGGCGGAGACAUGGCCAUCCUCCCGUUUGCAACGGCCGAUCCAGUUUUCCUCUUGCAUCAUGCCUUCGUUGACUACCUUUUUCUCAUCUGGCAGGUUCACCAGCAUGACUCGGGCAACGAGGAGUGGAACUGCCAGAGUUGCAGCACUAGAAUGACCCAUUGGAGGUCGCGCAGAACCGAAUGGAUGGGAAGAUACAACCCUGAGCAUCGUUGUUAUGAGGUUCCACUGUCAAGCCCGACUGCCUGUGUUGGAUACUCGGGCCCGGUUCGCAGAGAUCGCGUUUCGGCGAUGAUUGGGUCGGGUAUGCCGACCUUGGAAUCCUCCGCUGCCGCAGAGGCAGAAAUUGAAGACUGUGUGGAGGAUCUCCUGGACGACAUCGAGCUCGGCAAGAUGUCUCCCUCACAGAUCGAAGAGGAGGUUGUGCUCACAAGCAAAUUCCGAGUGGGAGAUGUGAAGCGAAAUUGCCGAGAGUGGUUUGGCUCCAUGAGGUCGAUGGAACACAUGCACUCCGAACAUAUGGACGACGUUCUCGACAACAGGAUCAAAUCUUGUCAGAUGAUGGAAGUUGAAAAUUUCCAUGAGCAGGAGAAGUUCCUGUUUGAAGCAACUGCCACCAAGAGCGAAAAGAGGACCGAAGUCAAAUGCCGACGAGCUCAUGUUGGACACCGGCCUGCCCAGGGACAUGACGAACAAGUUGGGCUGGCGUGA